AUGACAAAUAUUAUGGAAGAUCAUGCACCUGGUUUUCGAUUCUUCCCAACAGAAGAAGAGCUUGUUGGAUUCUACCUACACAACAAGCUAGAAGGUUUAAGAAAUGCUGCAGCCAUAGACAGAGUUAUCCCAGUUGUUGAUAUAAAUGGAGUGGAGCCUUGGAACCUCCCAACACUUGCUGGGGAGCGUUGUCGUGGGGAUACCGAGCAAUGGUUUUUCUUUUCGCCUGGCCAAGAGAGAGAAGCCAGGGGAGGGAGACCUAGCAGAACCACAGCUUGUGGGUAUUGGAAAGCUACUGGUUCUCCUGGCUAUGUUUAUUCUUCUGAUAACAAAGUCAUUGGGGUCAAGAAAUCCAUGGUCUUCUACAAAGGAAAAGCCCCUAUGGGAAAAAAAACCAAAUGGAAGAUGAAUGAGUAUAGAGCCAUUUCAAUCCCUCACCAAUCCUUUCCUGCCACCCCUCAGUUGAGAUGUGAAUUCAGCUUAUAUCGGGUGUAUAUCGUGUCUGGAAGCUUUCGAGCAUUUGAUCGACGUCCUUCAGAAGCAGAAGCAGCAGAGAGGCGGGUUCAUGGAACUGAGAACAGAUUUGGUGGGGCACGUGUUCACCCAAGUUCAUCUCAAAUCUCUCACUUUCUGGAACCCUCUCAGAGUAGCACAAACUGGGAGCAGCAGAAUAAUAAUAAUGAGGUCCAGCUUGAAGAACCUUUAUGGGAAUUGGAAUGGGAACAAUUCAAUUGGGUCUAG